AUGAAUAGUGAGCAUAAUAAAAAUUGUAAUGAUAAUAGUGAACGAUCAAGAUUGGUACAAAAUGAGUUUAAUAACAAUUUCCUUAUAAAUUCCAAUUCAAGGGUAGACAACAAUAAUAGUAAUAUUUAUUAUACAAAUCAAAAUGGUAAAUAUGAUAAUGAAAGUAUUUUUGGAUCAAAUAUUAGAAAUGUCCAAAAUGAUAAUUUAAAAACAUUUAAUUUAAAUGAUAUAAACAAAGAGUCAAGUAAUAAUAGUCGAAAUAAAAAUUCAAACUUUACCUUAUAUAAUUCGAAUAAAAAUAUCCCUUCUCAUUUACUCAAUUUUUCUGAUGAUAUUAUAACUGAUAAUAUCAAUGAAAGUGAAAAUAAAAAUGAAAAUAAAAAUAAUACUAUAAUUAAUAAUUUAAACAAUCCAAUAACUAUUCUAGACACACAAAAUAAUCCUUCUUUUUUGUUUAAUGACAUCCAGAAUAAUUCAAAUUUUUAUAAAAUUGAAGAUUUCGAAAAAGAACACAAUUUUUUUUCUGAAAAACAAAAUAACACUCAAACAAAUAUAAUGGGCAAAAUGAAUAUAAUAAAUUUAAGCGCACAAACAAGUGAAAAUAAUUUUGAUGAAAAUAAUGAAAACACACCCUUUGGGUUUUUUCCUUUAUUUAAAAAGUUAAAUAAUAUAAGAACUAAAUUGUUACAUUUUUAUGAUAUAGAUAACGACAUAAUUAUAUAUCGAUGUAUGUGUGCAUUAUUUCCAUAUUGUGAUGUAGAUAAAAAAUCUUAUUUUAUUAAUAAUUUUGAUGAUAUUGAACAAGGCAAUAUCGACUCAAAAAUACAAAACACAUGUCCAACCAUAAAAUAUGCCACAGAUAUAAAUAAUUAUACAUCAAAUGGUUCAGAUAAUGAAAAUUAUGAUGAAAAUGAAAAUAUUAGAAAUGUAACAUGUAUUAAUGAUGAUGCUGUUGAUUAUUACGAUAACAAAUUGAACAUUAUAAAAAAUCCAGACUUAUAUGGAUUUAUAUGGUUAAAUAUAUUUAUUUCUUUUAUAUAUUUUUUUAUUUUCAAUUUAAAUAAUACUAUAUUUAAUACCACAACAAAUAUUAACAAUGAUUAUAUAAAUAGAUACAUUUAUCAAAAUAAACUAAAUGUUCUAUAUAACACAUUAUUUUCUAUUUACUUGUUUAAUGUACUACUUCCUGUUUUUAUAUUACUAGUUAAUUAUUUUAUUACAAAAAAAAAAUUCGCUAUUAAAUUAUUAUCCUUAAUUUCUUUAGCUAGUUAUAAUAAUAUUAUUUUAUUACCUUUGAUUCUUAUUUAUAAAUUUACAAUUAUAGAUACAACUAUCCCUAUUAUACAAUAUAUAUGCUCAUUUACACGUUUAUUACUUUUUAUUUUUUAUGUUGCUACAUCAUUAAUGUAUAUAUAUAAAUUUACUAUCAAAAUAUAUCGUAACAAUUUUUCAAAUGAAAUUAUUUAUUUUAAUUAUUUCAUUUUUACUAUUUCCUAUAUCUCUUUAUAUUUUAUGCUUAAAUCUUAUGUAUUUAAUUAUUUAUAA